AUGGCGGAGAACGUUGAAGCGCGUCUUGAGCAGUUUAUUCCGGGAUUUGAGCAACUCAAGCAGCUCCAUCUGUUCAGCGAUCACGAUAUCAAGACAAUUAUCAAAAAAAGAAGAGCAUUCGAGUACGCAUUAACAAGUCGCUCCGUUACACCCGACAAGUUUUUAGAAUAUAUUCAAUUUGAAGCCGCUUUCCUUGAGAUUAACGAGAAAAGAAAAGAACAAAAUGGUAUUGACCCUAAUGUUACACGUCUUUUAAUCGAUGUUGAUCUUCCGAAGCAUAUUCAUUCAAUUUAUCGCAGAGCAUUAGGCACAUUCCCAGACAACAUGAAGUUAUGGGAACUUUACUUCGACUUUUGCGAAAAUAGAGGCGAUAUUAAGUCACUUCAUUUUGCAUUUGACGAUUGCAUCAAGAGACAUGCAAAUAAACCAGAAAUAUGGAUACGUGCAGCACGUUGGGAGAUGACAGUUAACAAUAACGUCGAACUUGCAAUGAAAUACAUGGAACAAUCUGUUACAGUGAAUCCAGAAGUUCCUGAACUCUAUGCAGUGUAUGCAGAGACAACAAUCUUCCAAGCACAGCAAAUUCAGCAGCGUAGAGAGGUCCAAUCGAUGGAAGCAACUUCAGAUAUUCUCAAAGCCCCUCUUGCCAUAUUUGAUGCAGCAUUGAAGAAGGCCAAGCCAUUAGUUGAAGUUUUCAAGCAUUUUAAUACGAUUUUCAAAAACUAUAACCUCGAUAAUAAAGAUUUAAUCGAAAUGGCUUCAUCUCAAGCCGAUCCAGAGCUUUUAGCCGAGAUAGCAGGUGCCAGUGAGAAACCAGAAGAAACAUUCAACGAAUACUUACAGAAAUAUCCAUCAGAAGAUCUUAAAAUUUAUUAUGCGAAAUACUUAGCUCGUAACAAGAAAGGAAAGGAGCUUGUAGCAUUACUAGACCAAAUAGAUGAUUACACCACCGAAGAAGCCGAGUUUUUCUGCAAAUGUCUCCUUGAUUGUGGAAUUGUUGACGAUGCCGAUGAUUUCUUGACCGGAACACUCGAAACAAACGAGUUAAAGAUCUGUAAGCUCAGAGUUAUCGAUGCCAGAUCCUCAUCACCCGAAUCAUUCAAAGAAUCCGCGAAACAAUUCAUCAACAAACAUCCGGAAUCGAAGAAACUUCUAAAUAACGUAUUCCUAUUUUACUUGGCCAAGAAAAAUCCCAGUUUUGGCUUCUGGUUUACAACGGUUUCGGAAAUUUCCUCCCAAGUUGACCCUGAUGAGCUUUCUAAGUCAUUAAUGUUCACGAGAGCCAAGUUCGGAUUGGAGAAUACUGAUAAACUGAUCCAGAAGAUACUCCCUGUCGUUGUUCCUUCCCCUGUUUUCAUUGAAACAUGUGUCAAAAUAUUAGAUGAAAUUUUUUCAACGGAUCCGAAGGUUGAAUCGAGAAUUAGACAAUUACACGAGACCGCUGUAAUGAAGUUUGGUCGCGAAAAUCCAAAAGUAUGGAUAGAUUUCUGUGGAUUUGAAUCAAAACUUCGAAAUUGGAAGAAAUUAGAGGAAAUUAGAAAGAGAGCUGCUCGUAUGUUGGAUGAUUCUUCUGAGUUUUCCAGAUUGUAUCAGGAAAAGUUCUGCAAAGUUCAAAAUUAA